CUACAGGACAUCCGACUGGGAGUUUUGCUUGACUCGGCCGUGCACGGAGUACUCAAAAACGGAGGAAGCAAGCUGGCGCAUGUGGCAGAGCGCAACCCGGUGCCUAAAACAGACGUGGGCAUCGACUGGGUUAUAAAAGGAAAACUCGACGCACUUCUAGGAGACUACUCGAUUCUAGACUAUGCACGAGCACACCUGGCGCCCUCAUGUGAACUCAAACUCAUCUCCAAACUCUUUGGUGAAGAUCGGUAUGGACUAGGUCUACCCAAGGAUUCCCCGCUUAAGGCAGCUUUAUCAUCAAAGAUCUCGGAGUAUCAUCUAACGGGAUACAUUGAUGAUCUCAUCGAUGUUCAUUUCGCUGACGCCCAUUGUAUCAAAAAGCGGAUAUCAGAAGAGGAUUCCCAGCUGGAAGUCACCCAUCACGCCGGGCUCUUCGUCAUGUUGUGUGUUGGUAUUGGCAUCGGAGUUCUUGUGCUUCUGUUGGAACACGUCAUCUAUAAGUUUCUUGUUCCAUACAUCCGAAAGUCUCCAGCCUCAAGCCGAUGGAGAAGUAUUCACCUCAUGUUUGUCAGUCAGAGAAAUAAGCUGGCUGAUAUGGCGAGGACGAAAAGGAUCAAUCGAAAUUUUUACGACAUUGUGGAGAAGGCUAAGUGGUUGAAAGAAAUGCAAGACUCAGGACUCACCGAUGACGAGGGUCAGCCGAACUCAACAAUCAUAGAGAUUCCGCUGAAGAAACUGACUGUAAACAUAGAAAUGGGAUCCAGCUCAUUAAACAUGGGUGGCGAAAUGGACUCUUUACUGUUGAGAAAAAGCUCUUUGGCUGCUAAUUCGAGAAAAAACUCUUUGGCUGCUAAUUCGAGAAAAAGCUCUUUGGCUGCUGAUUCGAGAAAAUGCUCUUUGGCUGCUAAUUCGAGAAAAAACUCUUUGGUUGCUAAUUCGGCACAAGUUAUUUCCAACGAUGAAGCUUCAUCUCCGGAGUCUGAUGAUAGUCUGCUUGGGAGAAAUGAAGAUGAAGCAGGUAAACGUCUUCCAGAUACCUUCCGAUCAAGUCCGGUUCUUCCAAAGUUGCUUGUGUCCUCACAUUCUACCUCACUGCAUCUACAAGAGAUGCAUUCUUCUGAUAAUCAUUAUCGUUUUCUUCAUGCUGGCUAUGCGUCAUCAUCGGCGCUUGAUCACAUUUCAAAUAAUAAUGACCACUUGGAUAGCUGUUCCCAGUUUAAUUAUGACUUAUAUAUGCAAACCAGACGUGGUUCAGCCGAUUGCUCAGACAUUCCUGUCCUUUCGAUUAAUUCUCCUCCAAAUAACACCAGACAGAGACUAGCUUCUGGGUCAUCUCUUCCAUCUGCUUUUGUUGUCAACGAAUUGUCAUCCUUGUAUAGGACAGAGCAUCAGCCACAUUCAGCAAAUACAAAUUCGGCUACUGGGCGAGCAAAACUUCCAGUCUGCCUUCAUAAUACUCUUCCAAAAAGUAUGCCUGCUUUAGGCUGUGGGAAAUUUGCGAAAAAUACAGAAAUAAUUAACGGAGAUGAAGAGAACGGAAGGCAUGAAAUGUGCGAUGAAUCUGUACCUGUGAUAAACGAUAAUCUUCAUAUGCAUCCUUUCUCUGAUGAAAGCUACAACCCGGCAGGCAUUGGGGCUUCGGCUUCAAAUUAUAUCAACAAAUCUUUGCUACAAAAGACAAACAACGUCAGUCUAGCACAGUCGUUUCUUCAAAAACCACAGACACAACAAGAUCACAUGUGCUCAGCUGCAGAGUCUGCCCAGGCUGAAGCGUCACAGGACACCUUUUGUCUGGACACUGUCACUAAAGAGGAACUACUCGUGUUGUGGAAGUCAUCAGAGAUUGAACUCCACAAGCGACUUAAGGCAGCACUGAAAGAAAAGUCGAGACUUGAAAGGAAACUAGAAAUGUUGCAGAUACAUUCACUUGUGUGA